GUUUUCAUCCACUGGAAGAAAAAAAAACGGAAAGAAAAUAGUAGAGGGUUUCGCGUUUCAGACAUCUUGCAGCACUCAAAUUCAAUUGUUUUUGGGAGCAUCCGCAUACUGGAGAGAAGGGAAAUGGGAAAUCCACAGAAGUCGAGUAGUUGGAGCCAAAACCUUCAUACAGCGGCAAGGUCCGGUGAUCUAACUGCAGUACAGUCAAUUCUCAGCUCCAAUCCUUUGGCCGUCAAUUCUAGAGAUAAGCACUCCAGAACUCCACUACAUUUAGCAGCAUGGUCUGGGCAAACAGAGGUGGUGAAUUUUCUGUGUAGCCACAAGGCUGAUGUUGGUGCUGCUGCUAUGGACGACAUGGGUGCUAUACACUUUGCUGCCCAAAAGGGACAUUUAGAGGUUGUUCGCACUCUCCUUUUAUCUGGGGCUUCUGUCAAAGCUUACACUCGCAAAGGCCUCACUCCACUGCAUUAUGCUGUUCAAGGGGCCCAUGUAGAGCUUAUCAAGUAUUUGGUAAAGAAAGGUGCAAAUCUCAGUGCGAAGACAAAAGCAGGGAAGACCUCAUCUGAGAAAGGAGGUCUGAAUGAAAAACAGAAAGAUGAAGAAUCUGAUCCAAAUACAUCCCUGCAGGAAGAAGUGAAAUCGGAAGGUGAAGCUGCAAAUUCUGGGAAUGAUAAACCGGCUGAAGAUGGAAGUCUGAAGAGGAAGACAGAAAAAGAUGAUUCUGAGGAAGCGUCAGGGGAACGGAAAAAGCCACGAGUUGUAUUGAGUCAUCUUCUAAGUGCUGAUGAUACGCAAGACGAGGAAUGAAGCUUCUAAAGGAGACUAGUAUGGUAGAAUGACUUUAAUCAAGCAGCUAACUGCUAUACUGACUCAUAUCAACAUGUAGCUCUUUGUACUAUGUUAUAUAAUUUCAUCAGUUAAUGAUUGUUGAAAAGUAUAUUGGUUUUUUUUCUUUUC